AUGGAGCGGGUGACAAGUCUCAUUGAGGUGACCUGGGACUUCGCGGGCGUCUCCAGCAAACUCAAGGAGGUGGCCCAGUCUCUCUUCGUGCCAGGCACGGUUAUUGGGGGGAUCGUGCCGGGAAAUCUAUCUGACAACUACCGGUUUGGCCGCAAACUGACCCUGACCAGCAGCUACCUGCUGCUGGCGGCCAGUGGUUCCUGUGCAGCCUUCAGCCCCAACCUCCACGUCGACAUGAUCUUCAGCUUCCUGAGUGGCUGCAACACAGGCAUGGCCCUGAGCCCCGUUAUCUUGAGUGCCGAGCGUGUGUCCAUCCAGACGCGGGCCAUCAUAUCAACUUUACUUGGUUACUUCUAUACCGGCGGUCCGUUCUUUCUGACGGAUCUUGCCUAUGCCAUCCGCCAGUGGCUCUGGCUACAGUUAACCGUGUCCAUUCCCUUCUUCGCCUUCUUCCUGUCGUCAUGGUGGAUACCAGAGUCUGUACGUUGGAUGGUCCUGUCUGGAAAGUUCUCAAAGGCUCUGAAAAUACUCUGGCAGGUUGCUGCCCUCAAUGGCAAAAAGGAAAAGGAAGAAAAACUCACCGUGGAGGAGCUCAAACGCACCCCGCAGAAGGAGAUCUCCUUGGCCAAGGCCAAGUACAGCGUAGCUGACCUCUUCCGGACACCCGACCUGUGCCGUGUGACCUUCUGUCUUUCCCUGGCUUGGUUUUCUACUGGUUUUGCCCACUACAGUUUGGCUAUGAGUGUGGCAGAAUUUGGAGUCAACCUCUACUUCCUCCAGCUCAUCUUUGGUGGGCUUGACUUCCCGGCCAAGUUCAUCCACUUCCUCUCCAUAAACCAUCUGGGCCAACACAGCACCCUGGCCAGUGGUCUACUCCUGGCAGGAGGGUGCAUCCUGGCUCUCAUCUUUGUGCCCUCGGACUCGCAGACCCUGAGGACAGCCCUGGCUGUGUUUGGGAAGGGAUGCUUGUCCAGCUCCUUCAGCUGCCUCUUCCUCUAUUCGAGCGAGCCGUACCCCACGGUCAUCCGGCAAACAGGCAUGAGCAUUGGCAACUUGGGGACCCACAUGGGAAGCAUGAUGGCCCCGCUGGUGAAGAUCACAGGGGAGUGGCAGCCCUUCAUCCCCAAAGUCAUAUUUGGGACCAUCACCUUCCUGGGAGGCAGGGCUGCCCUCUUCCUGCCUGAGACCCUCAAUCAGCCCUUGCCAGAGACUAUUGAAGACGUGGAAACCUGGUCAGUCCUGGUGGCAAAGGAACCAAAGCGGGAACCAGAAAUGGAAAAAACAUCCCAGAGGAUCCCUCUGGACCAGGCCUGGACCCCAGCUGAGGGCAACUGAGCCCCCCUUUCCCUGCCCUCCAGAAACUAAUCCUUGCCAGGUCCUUGCCUGCCUCUGGGCUCUGAGGACACCUUUGGGGGGUGGCCGUGGGGGGGGGGGGGUGGUGUUGAGCACAUCCAUGCUCCUGAACACAGUCUUCUGAAAGCUUGGUUGAGGGCAUCUUCACCACACCGGAGCCCCCAGCCCUGGCCAGUUCAAAGAUUCGGCCACAGGCCUUCCCACACCCCACCCUUGCCCUCACCCUCCUUCAGCCCAGCCCUUCCCCACUGGCCACCUUCCCCCAUUGUCCCAGUCCCCUUCCUCUGAGGUCCCCUGGGCUCCCUGGUUCAGUCCUAACAAAGACAGCUUCCUCUUCUUGCUCCCCACCCCUUUCUUCCAUGGGAGGGUCCAAUAAAUGGCAAUGAAGAACUCAAGCCAUGCUUGCGGCUCAGGAAUGGGCGUGGAAGGGAGAAGGGGACAGGCCACCACGUGGACAUGCGCACUGCUCUCCCCUGCAUCCGUACUUGUGUGUAACACGUGGGUGUGGACACACAGGUACAGGCAAGCUGGGCUGACGUGAACCUGUGUGCACACGUGGGGGACUGAGGCAUGUAUAGGCCAAGCCUACUCGAGACGCUGCAACGACACGCCGCAGGUGCAUCGCUUAAACCACAAACGAGUCUUCCUACCACUUCCGGAAGCUGGGAGGUCCGCGACGAUCGAGGUGCUGGCAGCCUCAGUUCCUGAUGGGAGCCCGCUUCCGGGCUUGUAGGCGGCUGCCUUCUCAUUCUGUCCUCACUUGGCCUGGGGAGAGAGUGAGAGGAAGCAAGGUCUCUGUUGUCCCUUCUUAUGAGGAUGCGAAUCCCAACGUGAUGCCCCACCCUCGUGACCUCAUCUAUCCCUAAUCACCUUCCAAAGGCCCCCACCUGCAAUUACCAGCACACCGGAAGUUAGAGCACCAACAUUGAACAUGGGUGAGGACGCUGCAGUCCGCUGCAAGUCCUGGGCUUAGAAAUGAGUGUGUGCGCGUACGUGUCCCAGCGUGAGUGUGGGCAGAGG